AUGGACUUUGAGCAAUAUUUUGCCCAGGAAUGGAAAUCAGUUUCAAGUGCAGCAGCAGCUGAACCCGAAAGUUUUAGUGGUUGUUUCGACUGUAAUAUCUGUUUUGAUUUUGCAAAUGAGCCAGUAGUUACCCUCUGUGGCCACCUCUACUGCUGGCCCUGCAUUUACAAGUGGCUCCAUGUCCAGAGCGCCUCCCUUGCCUCCGAUGAGCACCCGCAAUGUCCAGUAUGCAAGGCAGAUAUUUCUCACACCACCAUGGUCCCCCUCUACGGCCGUGGCCAAGGCUCGACUGAAGCUGGAGGCAAGACACCAUAUAGCGGUAUGAUCAUACCUCCCAGACCAUCAGCUUGUGGUGCUCAAGGUGUGUUGUCGAACACAUCUAAUACUGGCCAGCGGCUUCCUUAUCGUAAUCCUUACCAGAGCCAUAACCACAACUCAAAUCCAUACGGCAGUUUUGAAGAGGCUUCCUCGUCACCAUUACUUAAUCUUGGAGACCCUGCAACGACUGGUUUGCAGCAACCAGUUGUUGGGAUGUUCAGGGAGAUGGUGUACGCAAGGGUUUUCGGUGCAGUGCCCAACUCAUACCACUUAAUGGGAACUAGUAGCCCCAGGUUGAGGCGGCAUGAGAUGCAGGCAGACAAGUCAUUGAACAGAAUCUCAAUCUUUCUUUUCUGUUGCUUUCUUUUAUGCCUAAUUGUGUUUUGA